UUAUCGAUCCUUCAACCUAACUUUUUCGCUGAGAUAAAUUUCGAAUGUUUGGUGUGAAGAAAGGUUCCUUCCCUUCAUAGUUAGUGUUUUCGAUUAUCGAAAUGGAUCACUCGGUCCAUCCCAAAUCUCUGACGGACGAAGAAAAGCUCAGAUUGGAACAGCAAAAUUCGAGGUUGGUCUCCGAUUUCAAAGCCAACGAUUUGGAGGUGAACGCCAAAAAAUAUUGGGAUUUGUUUUACAAGAGAAACGAAGAGAGGUUCUUCAAGGAUCGUCACUGGACCACUAGGGAGUUUGAGGAAUUGUUGAAUGAAGAAGAUAAUCCACAGAAACGCGUGGUUUUUGAGGUGGGAUGCGGAGUGGGAAAUUUCAUUUUUCCCUUAGUGGAGGAGAAAUUUCCCUUCUUCAUCUACGCUUGCGAUUUAUCGCCCAGAGCUGUUGAAUUUGUGCGUCAAAAUAAACUCUAUAGCGUGGAUAAUAUGAAGGUUUUUCAAUGUGACAUUACAAGUGAAGGUGUUUACGAAGAGAUCAGUAAGAACAGCGUCGAUAUAGUCACUUUGAUAUUCGUGUUAUCCGCCAUACAUCCAGAUAAAUUCUUACAAACGCUCCAGAAUAUUUUCGAACUCUUAAAACCCGGAGGUGUUCUUUUAUUCAGGGACUAUGGUCUCUAUGAUAUGGCCCAAAUAAGAUUCAAGGCAGGUCAUAAAAUAGCCGACAAUUUCUACAUGAGACAAGAUGGAACAAGGAGUUUCUAUUUUUCAACGGAAUACAUGGAGGAUCUGUUCAAGAGAGCUGGUUUCCAAAUUAUGAGUAAUUGUUACAUUCAUCGCAGAACAGUCAACAAAAAGGAGAACAUCGACGUCCCAAGAAUAUUCAUCCAGUCGAAAGUUGUGAAGCCAAGGUGAUUUUCUGCUUUAUCAGGCCAGAUACACUGUUUUUAUAUAUUUUAUAAAUUUUUCAGGACUUUUUACUAGUUAUUUUGUUCAGGACAACAAAUAAAUAAAAAACAACGAAUUUAAUACAAAUUUUAAUGUCGAUUGAUCAAUUACAAAUAUAAAUUCUCAUAAAGAUUUGGAAGUCUCCAAUUUGGUUCACUAUAAUUUAUAAUAACCAUCAAUUAUAUACAAUAAAAAACUACACUAUAAACAA